AGUCUCUGUGUGUCUGUGGAUAAAGAAACAUAUCAAUUGGCAGUAAAACUGUAUAUUCUACAGUUCAGGAUGAAGAUCUUGGUUUUUCUGGCCCUCCUGGGUCUACACAGCGCAGCAGGAGUGAUUCACUCUCUGAAGUAUUUCUACACUGCAUCGUCUCAAGUCCCAAACUUCCCAGAGUUUGUGAAUCUCGGGAUGGUUGAUGAUCAGCAGAUUGAUUACUAUGACAGCAACACCAAGAAAGCAGAACCCAAACAGGACUGGAUGAAGAGAAUCACAGCUGAUGAUCCACAGUACUGGGAGGGGCAGACUCAGGCCAGUUUGGGUGCCCAGCAGACCUUCAAAGCCAACAUUGACAUUGCAAAGCAGCGUCUCAACCAAACUGGAGGUGUCCACAUUUUCCAGAACAUGUACGGCUGUGAUUGGGACGAUGAGACUGAAGAGGUUAAUGGAUAUGAUCAGUAUGGUUAUGAUGGAGAAGACUUUGUAGCAUUUGACCUGAAGACAGAGACAUGGAUCGCUCCAAAACAACAAGCUUUUGCCACAAAAAACAAGUGGAACAAUAACAAAGCUAAGAUCGCACAAGACAAGAACUACGCCUCCCAGAUCUGUGUUGAGUGGCUGAAGAAGUAUGUGAACUAUGGGAGGAGCUCUCUGAUGAGAACAGAGCGUCCCUCCACACAUUCUCUCCUCCAGAAGACUCCCUCCUCUCCAAUCAGCUGCUUCGCUACAGGUUUCUACCCUGACAGAGCCGAGAUGUUCUGGAGGAAAGAUGGAGAAGAUCAUCAUGAGGACGUGGAACGUGGAGAGAUCCUCCCCAACGAUGACGGAUCCUUCCAGAUGAGUGUUGAGCUGGACCUUUCAAAAGUCGCACCUGGAGACUGGGGGAAGUAUGAAUGUGUGUUUCAGCUCGCUGGUGUGAAGGACAUCACCAUCAAACUGGACAAAGCUGUGAUCAGAUCUAAUGGAGGUUUCCCUCUUGGUGCUGUUAUCGGAGGUGUUGUUGCUGCUGCUGUGCUGCUCCUGGUAGCCGGCAUCGCUGGAUUCUUCCUCUGGAAAAAGAACAAUAAUGAUGUUUUGUAG